UUUGGAUCGUUCUUACCAUUCAUGCCUCUUUGCCUUCGACGGAAUCCUCGCCGGUAACUGCGAUAAGGUCUCGUUCGCAUUUUUCUCAGAUUUAGGGUUUAAUCAGAUUUUCGUUGGAAGACCUUUGAAGGAGAUACGAAGGAAAAGAACAAAUCCAGGAAUCAAUGGCGUCCUUCUCUUGUUUCUUGGCUUGAGACUGUACGGACUGGCGUUGUGGACUGUGGAGUGAGAGAUGGAUGAAGAAAUGGUGGAUGUCUUUGAAGGAAGGUUUUCUUCUGUGGAAAUAGAUUUCGAUUACGAGUUUGAUUCUUGUCGUUACUUCGAUUUCAGUCGGAAAGAAACGCCUGCCGAGGCUCGAGAAGUCGAGCUCUGGUUUGAAACAGCUGCGAGUUAUCCCCCUUCUCCUUUCGUAGCAAAGUUGAAUUUGAGCAAGAUCAUCCUUGUGGAAAACAUAAACACCUCUCCAAAAUCUAAAGAUGUGGAAAACAGAGUUUCCACUGCCAAUUGCUCCGAUGUUGGCACUGGUCCAGAGUACUCUGCAUUAGAUAAAAGUAACCAAGAUCACGAAUGGACCAGUAAUGGAGGCUUCAGGAACUUAACAUGUGGGAUUCCACAGAAAAUUCUAAAUGAAGGACAAGCACUGGCAACAGGGCUGCCAUUUUAUAAUCACAUGGCUGAAGAUAUUCCAAAAGCUAAAAUGAAGCAUGCAAUCAAGGGACCUUUCCAUAGGAGCUCAACUUUAAUGAAACCAACUGCAAGUCAUCUGGCAAAGCAAAAUCGACCACGAGAUGUCUGUGGUUCAAGCAGAUUUUUUGGAAGGCCUGGGAAGCCAUUCAUUCAAAACAGUGGUAAAAGCAUGGAGAACACUUCUGGUGUUGAAAGUCAAGCUGCCAAGAGACAGAAGCUUGAAGGAGGCCACUUACUGAAGGUGGCUGGAACAAAGCAACAAGCUAUUCUGACACACAAAGUACCAAAGAAGGACGGACCUGUUGAUGGUAGUAUAGUGCAGUCAAAGCUCAAACUCACUAUUCCAAUAGAGCCUGACCUGGAGACAGCACACAGGGCCCAAAGAACUAGAUCAAAGAAAAAUACUGGGUCAGAAGAACACCAAAAGCCAACAGCAUGUACAUACCAAAGGCCAACAGCAUGUACAUUCAAAGCACACCCUUUGAACAGAAAAAUUCUUGAGGCUCCUUCACUGCAACUUGUACAAAAGAGCACACCACGGUUGCCCGAAUUUCAGGAAUUUCAUUUGAAGACUUCAGAGAGGGCUCUGCAACACCUUACAUCUGCUUUACCCUCACUAGCUCGCUACGAAUCUGUUAAGGAGGGAAUAAACACCAGUUCUGUCACCCAUAAUGCAACCUUGGACUCCCAAAGAUCAAAUUCUGGUGAUAAGAAUGAAUGUGAACGAGCACACCAAUUUAAAGCUCGACCCUUUAAUAGGAAGAUCUUUUCGAGUAAAGGAGACAUUGGUGUUUUUCGGAAUUGUAAGCGGGAAGUCACUGUUCCCAUGGAAUUCAAUUUUUCAACAGAUAAGAGGUCUCGGCAUCAUCCACCCACAGAGCUUUUUAACAAGCUGUCGCUUACAUCAGAACACCAGCAGAAUACUGCAUCUAAGCCAAAAUUGGCUUGGUCUUGUUCUGUACAUGCUCAGGGUUCAAAGGAGAAUACUCCAGGUCAUUUCCAACAAGAACAUAUGAUGGCAGAAAUGAUCAACGAAAAGCAGCAAAUAGUUGGGGAAAAGCAAUCUCAGUGUUGGUCUCACAGAAGGGGAGAAUUCAGACCCCGAGGCAAUAUGAACAGGAGCUUCAGCAUCCGUUGAGAGUGAAGAUGCAAAUGUUUCGUGCAUGUUUUCAAUUUGUAACAACGAAUUUUCAGUUCCUCAGUUUCCAUGAAGAUUGAUGGAUUGACCAACAUGACACAACUUUUUUUUUGGCCAUGCGAGAUCGUUAGAAAUUCAUAUUGUGCUGGUGAAUCUUGGAAUGGUCAUCAUUUACUUAUGUUUUAUUGGCUAAUCAGUUAACUGAAAGUCACAGGGUGGGGACACAGAGGGGCAAGUGUUCUGUGUUUUAGCAAUUGUAGUAGGGGAAAUCUUAAGACACAAAUUUAGUCAUUUAGAAACAUGUAUUGUUGUCCAAUCCUCAAUAAUAAUGUAAAAGAGGCCAGAGUUGUACAGUUAUCAAGGCCUCAAUUUUUGUAGCAUAGAAUUUUUACCUUUUCUGUGUAGAAUCAUCACAAAAUGUAGCAGAGCAAGCAUGUGUAAGGAUCUAAUCUUACUGAAAAUAGAAAAUCUAAUCUGAAAGAAUGGUACAUUUCUUGUC